CACGCCAGGAAGGAAGGGCCCCUCCCUCUAUCGCGGGCGGGUGACGUCAUCCAGAGGCGACGGAGAGCGCCGAAGAGACGGAAGAGCCCAAAGAGGCGUCCCGAGAAGCGCAGCCGCGUUUGUUUCGGGGUUUCCUGGGACGGCGCAGUUUGGGCUGGAAGCAGAAGCCGUCCUCUCUUGAGCCCGGGGACCUCAAAAGUUUCAUCAGCGAGCCUUGUCUCCUGGUUGUGUUUUGUUGCUUCCUGGGGAGAUGCCCAAGGUGAAGAGGAGCAGAAAACCACCUCCAGACGGUUGGGAAUUGAUUGAACCAACCUUAGAUGAGCUGGACCAAAAAAUGAGAGAAGCUGAGACUGAACCCCACGAAGGGAAGAGGAAAGUAGAGUCUCUCUGGCCCAUCUUCAGAAUUCAUCACCAGAAAACACGUUACAUUUUUGAUCUCUUCUAUAAGAGGAAAGCCAUUAGUCGAGAAUUGUACGAGUAUUGCAUUAAGGAAGGCUAUGCAGACAAAAACUUGAUUGCAAAGUGGAAGAAACAAGGUUAUGAAAACCUCUGCUGCUUGCGCUGCAUCCAGACCCGGGAUACCAACUUUGGAACUAACUGCAUCUGCAGAGUGCCCAAAAGCAAGCUCGAAGUGGGAAGAAUAAUUGAGUGCACCCACUGUGGCUGCAGAGGCUGCUCUGGAUGAAGUGUUGUUCACAUAACCCUGAUUUCCUGAGAAGUUCUUAAGUGGUUGACCUCACAUCAGUGACUGUAAGAGUUGAAAUUAAUAUUUCAUAAAAUCCCUGGAGGAAGUAGCUUUCCUUUGCACCCCAGAAUGCGGCAGCCGGAAUUGUGAAUGCAGUAGUGUGUCUUAAUGUUUGGUGUAACCAUUUAUUUUAAAAUAAAAGCCUUGUCUACUUC